AUGACGCCUGGGAAGACCUCACUGAGGUCACUGCUGCUGCUGCUCAGUCUGCUGGCUAUAACGAAGGUAGGAAUAGCGAUGCCACAAAAUCCAGGAUGCCCAAAUACUGAAGACAAGAACUUCCCCCAGACGGUGAAGGUCAAUCUGAACAUUGUUAACCGGAAACUGAGUCCCAGAAGGGCCUCAGAUUACUACAACCGAUCCACUUCACCUUGGAAUCUCCACCGCAAUGAGGAUCCUGAGAGAUAUCCCUCAGUGAUCUGGGAAGCCAAGUGUCGCCACUUGGGCUGCGUGAAUGCGGAAGGGAAUGUGGACUACCACAUGAACUCUGUCCCCAUCCAGCAGGAGAUCCUGGUCCUGCGAAGAGAGCCUAAGCACUGCCCCCGCUCCUUCCAGCUGGAGAAGAUGCUGGUGGACGUGGGCUGCACCUGUGUCACCCCCAUCGUCCGCCACUUGGCCUAA